AUGAACAAUAGUGAUACUGUUUUUAUCGAGGAUGAGAACGAGAACGAGUACGAGUACGAGUAUGAGUACGACGAAAAUGAAACCGAGGCUUUUCUUGUGGAUCUAGACCUCUCAUCUUUGAAUCAUACUGUCGUCAGGCCCAACAUCUCCGGUGCCAGCGCUGGUGCAGGUGCACACAAGCCCAAUAAGACCUCGAAUAGUAAGGGGAAAGGGAGCAUCAGUGCUACUCACAGCCCCGAUCCAGAUGCAGAAGAGGUCUCCUCGGCUACAGCAAGACCUCAAAUUGAAGAUGGGGACGGCAGCGUGAGCCCAGAACCUCAGACCCAGCAGCCAACGCCAACGCCUGGGCAGGAGGGAACGGCAGAGCCGGAGCAGGACGACACCGACUUGAACGCACCAUCGAAUGUGCAGGUCCUGGACCUGCACACCUCGAACCCGAUCAUUUCUUACCAGGACCAAGUGUACAGCUGUUCAUGGGUGGACAUGAUCGGGACCAACAUGUUUUUCACACAGCCCGGCGUCUCUGGAGACAUCGUGCAGCCGCCAUUACUCUCGACCGACGAUUUCGACCUACUGGGAACUUCGACCAUCAAACUGCUGGGAUAUCGGGCUCAUAUGAAGAAAUCCUCGAAGAAGAGAGCUCGACCGGAAGAUGCCGAGACUCAACAACAAGCGCCCGAAGGUCGGAGCCUGGGUACGCUUACCCGUUCGAAUCCGAAAAAGAAUGCGCAGAUCAAGAGGCAGGCUACGUUUUUGGAGAAGCUGAUGGAGAUCAAAGACCGGCGUGGUCAUCAGGAUAGUGUUCGGACAUACGUGGAUGAGAAGAUUGCAUCGCAGGAACUAUCGAAACUCAGCGAGACCCAGCGUACUGAGAUGGAUGCAUUGAACCGACGAGUGGUACGAGGGGACGCGGACGCACUGGAAAGACUCGAAAAGAUCUAUUCUCAAUUAGAUGAUGUUGCUGGUGAUUUUAGUGGUGAUAAUGCCAUGGAACCGCAACCGCAACCGCAACGACAACUACGAGAACCAGACCCAGACCCAGACCCAGACCCAAAACGAGGUGAUGGACCUGGUGGACUCCCAGAUCCGGAAAAUAUGCAAACCACUUGA